AUGUAAGCAUCAACUUUUUUUUUUUUGGUAAUGCUUUUCGUGGAUGAAGCAAUCCUUGAACCGCUCGCUCGAUCACGUUCGUUGUUUCCAAAUUGCCAGUGAAACUCUGUGGAACUCAAAAGCUCCUACGCUUCCACCAUCACCAUGUGUGACUGUCUUCCCUCGAGCCCACUACCCUUUUCUCUCGCCAAAUAUCGUAAAUCCGGGCUCACUACAUCCGCCUGGAGACCACAGCACGAACCGAUUAGGUACAUCCAUGCCUGGAAGUCCCCCAGGCUAGCCAUAUCCCGUUGUGGAAAUCCUAGCAAGGUGUUUGAAUCCGAGGAUUACGAGUCGUAUGACAAAUUGGGGUUUAAGGAGAAAGGAGAAAAUAACUCCGUUAGCGGUGAAGCUGCUUCGUCGGCUUUCGAUUUCCUUGAAUUGAAGGGUGCGAAGGGGAAUACGAGGAGUGAGGAAAGUGUGGAAGAAAGGGACUUGCUUGAAGUUGGUGAGCAGAUCAAUGGAAGGGUGGCACCGAGGAAAGGUAGACAAAUGGUGCGGAGGUCGAAUAUGGUGGCAAAGCAAGUGAUCAGCAUUCGAAGUGCUCUUAGCUUGGGCUUCGUCUCGGAGCUUUGGGUGGACAUCACAUCUUGGGUGGUUUUAUUUGUACAAGUGAGGCCAAAUUUGCUUUCUGGGGAAUCAGAAACUUUUCUAUUUGAGGAUAUCAGCCAGGUAUAUAAUCAGUUUUGGGCUCAUUCACUUGCUUUCUCUUUAUUGCUCGACACAGAUAAGUCUUGGCCACAGGUUGGUGAUGUAAUACUUGUCAAGGAUGAAAGUGUUAUGGAGAAUGAGUUUAAAAUGAUUGGACUGGAAACCCUGGUAGGGUACAAAGUUGUAACACCUGGUCGUCGGAAUAUUGGGAAGGUUCGGGGGUACAGUUUGAACAUUAAUUCAGGGGCCAUUGAAUCAUUGGAGCUUGAUUCAUUUGGAAUCUCAAUUAUUCCAUCCAGUUUGGUUAGUACAUAUGCUCUCUUUGUUGAGGAUGUGCUGGAAGUUAUGACGGAUGCAGUUGUUGUGCAUGAAGCUGCAGCCUCACGCAUACAGAGACUAACAAAGGGUUUCUUGGGCACCCAAAACGUGGGGACUUCCAUAGAUGACCUUGGAGAAUAUCCGUUUGAAAGACCUCCUAGAUCUGAAGAAAGUCAGGGAAUAAAAAGAAAUCAUAGUUACCAGAGAUUCCAAGAAAAGAAUAGAGCAACUCAGGAUGAUUGGGAGCUUCCGAUGGAUUUUUUAUGAUCUUUAUGGUUUUGCUGCCAACUCCUAUGUAGAUACGUACAUAGACUAUCUUCCUCCUGUCUUUCCUCGAAUGGCGUACCAUGCAUUUUCACUAUUCCUGAUGGGUUAAGUGUCUCAUUUGAUUAUGCAGUUUAGUUCAGGUGAGAUAAGGUGAGAUAAGAUGUGAUGUUUUGUUAAAAGUUGAAUAAAAUAUUGUUACAAUAUAACUUUUUAAUAGUAGUUUUGUUUUAGAAUUUAAAAAAGUUGAAUUAUUUAUUA